GCGCAGGGAUGGCCUCACGUGACGGCGGCAGCAGCAGCAGCAGCAGCGGGACACCUGAUCGCCACAGGCAGCUCCCCGGAGUGGCCAUAAAAGGCCGAGGUCAGGGCUGCCCCCAGAGGCUCCUCAGCCGGCACCCGCCCAGACUGCCAGCCACUUCUCCCAAGACCUGGAGCACCAUGCCUGGCGAGCUUUCUCCUCCGGAACCAGCCACCCCUGAAAUCCAAGGCCUUGCUGACCAGGUGAAAGGCGCGCUGGAGGAGGAGACGAACAGGAGAUUUGCCACCUACGAGGCCAUUUCGUACCGUACUCAGGUGGUCGCUGGCACCAAUUACUUCAUCAAGGUGCAAUGCGGGGACUGGGAGAACGACUACGUCCACCUGAAGAUCUUCCAGGCCCUGCCGGAUCAAGGUGGGCAGGCUGAGCUCUCCGGCUUCCAGCUGGACAAGACCAAGGCGGACCCCAUCACCUACUUCUAGGCACAGCCCGGAGGGAGAAGCCAGGCCUCCCCGGGGCCAGGGGAGCUUCCGAGCAGAAUAAAGGCCUUU